AUGAGCGGUCUACGGAUAUUGGUCCCUGUCAAGCGGGUUAUUGACUAUGCGAUCAAGCCUCGCAUCAACAAGGCCCAGACCGGCGUCGAAACAGCCGGUGUCAAGCACUCUCUGAACCCAUUCGACGAGCUCUCAAUCGAAGAGGCCGUUCGUCUGCGCGAGCGCAAGGGCCCCAUCAAGGUUGAAGAUAUCAUCGCGCUUUCCGCCGGCGGACCUAAGACCCCCGAUGUCCUGCGAACAGCCAUGGCAAUGGGUGCUGACCGUGCAUUCCACAUCGACGUACCGGAGAAGGGCGAUGGCGGCCCGGAGCCGCUGACCAUUGCCAAGAUGCUGCGCGCUGUUGUCGAGAAGGAGAACAUCAACCUCGUCCUCCUGGGCAAGCAGGCUAUUGAUGGUGACCAGGGUCAGACUGGCCAGAUGCUUGCUGGUCUGCUUGGCUGGCCCCAGGCUACCCAGGCUAGCAAGGUCGAGAUUAAGGAUGAUGCUGGCACUGUUGAGGUUACCCAUGAGGUUGAUGGUGGUAUUGAGACACUCCGUGCUAAGCUUCCCAUGAUUAUCACUACGGAUCUGCGUUUGAAUGAGCCUCGUUAUGCCAGUCUGCCUAACAUCAUGAAGGCUAAGAAGAAGCCUCUUGAGAAGAAGACGCUGGCUGAUUUUGGUGUUGAGGAUACGCGGAGGUUGAAGACUCUCCAGGUUACCGAGCCCCCACCACGAAAGGGUGGCGGCAAGGUCGAGGAUGUCGACGGCCUUGUCUCCAAGCUGAAGGAGCUUGGUGCUCUCUAA